AAUCUUUACAUGUUGACAGAUUCACAUUCACUGAUAAUAGUGAACCUGAUGUUACAUUCUUGAUUGAGAACUUAAAGAAUGCAAUAAUGAAGAAAUUGUCUGUAUCAUGUGUGGCCAGGUCUCCUGCAUUCUCUCUUACUUCUUCUGCUGCUUCUUCCUCUGCUGCUUCUCUCUCUGUCUCUUUCUCUGUCACUUCUCAAUCUUCUACACUUGCCCCUGUGUCUGGUUCUCCUGCUCUCACUACUCCUGUUCUCAUGACCCCUGGUUUUACUGCCUCUGCUUUUGUUACUAGCUCUCCCUGUUUCAAGAAGAUGUUGUAUAGGCUUAAUGAAUCACAUCUCUCAACAAAAGAUAUUCAUGUUUUCAGAAAUGAAAAUACAGAUGUUGUACUCUUUUACACUCACAGAUGUGAGACUUGUAUAUCUUGUCUGAAAUUUACUUCAGUGUCAGAGAUCAUUCUCAUCAAAGAUGACAACAUCACUGAGACUAUCUUCUCUCACUCUCAAGCUUCUCUCAUCACUUUCUCUCUCUUCUCUGUGAGAAAGGUUGUGCAUACACUGAGUU